CUUUUGUUAGUACCAACGAUCUAUCUUUUUUGGUGUUAGCCAUGACUAACCCCCCUUACUCCAAAUUCGGUGCGCUUCGCAACCCACCCCAGGAAAAAGAGCUUUUCUUCCACUUGUACUUGCACCACGCCCAUUCGGGAGCCGACCAAAACCAAUUCGAGAUACUAGCUUCGAAACGUCCCAACAUAUUGGGCACGACCCUGGUAAAUGAUUGGCUCAUAUAUGACAAGCGUGGCCAGGGUGCCAAGGUGGUUGCUCGUGCACAGGGGCUACAUAUCCAGUCUGGCAUGAAAGCCAAAAACUGGCGCUCUUCCUUCAGCAUUGUAUUUGAGGAUGCCAACGCCAGGUUCAAGGGGUCGUCGCUGGAGGUGAUGGGUCCUCAUAUACGAUUCGGUCAAUGGGCCAUUGUCGGUGGGACCGGGGAGUUCACUUUGGCGCGGGGCAUCAUACACAAGACCGAAGUAGAACGACUACGUGACAAGAACAUUAUCGAGCUUAAGAUCCAUGCAUUCUACACCCCGAUGCGAGCUGAAGCUGUUUCCGCGGGGCAAUGGACUCUCGGGCCAUGACCAAAUAGCUACCAAUAUCAUGAUGGGUCUUCGCCUUGUAUCCCCUUUCAAUAACGCUCCCGUAUUUAUAUGAUGUUUAGGACAAGCUACUCGUCGUAAACGUCUUAUAUCUGAGAAUGGAAGUAGUACAUGCAUGGGAUUGUUCAAUGCCAGUCCUUCCUGCUUCCAUUUCUUGUUGUUUAAAUUUGGAAUACUCCAUAUAUGCAUACAGUAUAAUAAUUAUAUUGAAGACGACCA